AUGAGCAGUGGAUUAGAAGUUACUUCGUUCACUGGAUUUCAGAUUGAUGGUCAAGAAAAAAUAAUCGGAUCUACAGUGCCACUCUAUGCAGCCAUCGCUGCUUCAUCAGAAUAUGUGGUCUACUAUGAAAAUAAAGUUCUAUCUGUUUACAAUCAAAAUGGGCCUAGUAAGAAAACUAUUCAGUGGACAAAAAAGGAUGGUCAUGUUAUUGAUAUUUGCUUCUAUAAAAAUAAACAAUUUGUUAUCUUAACAAAACGAGAAUUUCAUUUAUUCAAUGUGGAUACAGAAAAAAUUCAAACGAUGUAUAGGUUGCCUGACAACGAUGAUGAUGAUUCUACUUAUCGUCGGUGUACAUCGCAUGAUGAAUGUAUAAUGUUAUGUUUAUCUGGUCCAGGAACGACAAUCGAAGAAUGGACACUGACGAAGCGUAAAAAUCGAUGGGAAUCGCCGAAAUCAUGUAAACACAAUGAACAUAUUUGUUGCCUGCGUUUAUCAUCAAAUAUCUUAGGCUUGACCAUUGUCAAUUCAACACAAGAAUCAAGGUUUGAAGUACGUCAACGUGAAACGAUGUCUGUUGUAUUUUUGAUGCCAUUGACUCGCCAAUGUUAUCGAUUUAUUGCGAUGAACGAAUAUGAUUGGCUUUUAGUUCUGUAUUAUAAUGGAAGACAAGAGCUUCUUUUGAUCGAUACUAAUGAACGAAUAGGUAAAAUUAUCAACAUUCCGGCAUUGACACACAUUUAUGAUUAUGAUGGUAAUUUUAAUCAAAUGAUUUGGAACGUCGCCCUGAUGUUUGGAACCACACCAUAUCUUAUUGUUCGACGCGAAAGAACCAUUGGUUUCUAUCGUGUUAAAUGA